AUGGCGAACGAGCGAGGCUUUUCCAUCCCGCACAACAUGUUGAAACCCGGUGCGCGCGUGAGCGACGACCGCUUCGCGAUACACGCCCGCAUCGGUCGCGGACAGUUCGCCGAGGUCUACUCGGCCACCGACGCGCGCGCGGACGGGGCGAUGCGGGCGAUCAAGGUGGAGAGCGAACAUCGGACGUGCGCGCGCGAGGCGCGGGUGAUGCGGGCGAUGGGCGGAAAAGAACACUUUCCCGAGCUCCUGCUCGAGGGCGCGCACGAGGGCAUGCCGUUUCUAGCGAUGGAGUUGGUGGGUGAAAAUCUGGCGGACGUGCGCGGACGUCGAGCGGGACAGCGGUUCGGACAGCGGACGACGGCGGCGAUCGCGCGGGCGCUGUUGGACGCGCUCGAGUCGUUGCACGGCGAAGGAUACGUGCACAGAGACGUGAAACCGGGAAACGUGUGCUUGGGUAACGGGAAAUUGGGGAUGAAAAAGUUGUAUUUGAUCGAUUUUGGCCUGGCGCGUAAGUUUACGGAUGACGACGGAAAGGUGUUGGCGGAACGAGACGAGGCGACUUUUCGAGGAACGACGACGUACGCGAGUCCGCACGCGCACGCGCACAAGGAACAGAGCGCGCGAGAUGAUUUGUACAGCGUUUUGUACGUCGUCGCUGAGGCGCACGAGGGGGUGUUGCCGUGGAAAGCGGGCGAAAAGUUGAGCAAAGACGACGUGGAGAAGGAAAAGCAGGCGUGCGCGAAGGAUCCGCGAAGGCUGUGUCCGACGCAAGGGUGCCCACCGGCGAUCGAAAAGUUCGCGCGGGCGAUCGCAAAGCUCAAGUACGGCGAAAAGCCGAAUUACGCGGCACUUCGCGCGCCGUUCGAGGAAGUCAUCCGGAACAGCGGCGGCGACGAGAGCCCUCUGGACUGGGAGACGCAGCCGGUGCCGGCGUCGCAACCGGUGCCGCAGCCGUCACCGAAUCGAUCGGCGCCCCCGCCUCCGAGCGGGCCGAUUCCGCCGAACGCGACGUACGCCGACGUGGCGGCACAGAACAUCACCGGACGCAAGCGCGAGCGCGAGAACAGCGAGCGCGCCGCGCCGGCUCCGCAGGUUCGUCCGAACCCCGAUCUCGUCAUGAUAGCUCGACGAGAGCCCAGUAGAUUACCGCCUCAUAUCGCUGACGCCGUGCGAGGCAUCGUCUCGAGGUUCCCGCUCGACGAAGCGCUCGCCGUGGCUUCCGGUUUGGUGUCGUUUGCGCUCGAGCGAUGUAUCGAGCGCGACCCAGCGUUUCCGCGCGAUAUUUUCGUCCCGUGCGCGCUCAGUCUCAGAGACAUAUGUUUCGAUGCCGUCGGUGACGUCCACAAGCGUUUCCCCGCCGGUGGCGGACAGAACGGACGCGGUCGGGACCGCGACGGACGCGGCUCCGGGAGAGACGGACGAGGAGACGGAUUGACCAACAGAGAACGAAGCCCGAGUCGAGAUCGUGCGGGAGGCGGUGAUCGACCGAGAUUUGGUGGAGGGGAACGCGAGCGCCCGCGUCGCGAUGAUUUCCGUGGCCGAAGAUGA